AAACAGUGAUCUGUGACUACAAAGUUUGAAUGUAAGCUCUUUGUGAUUAGGCAGGAAAGUUUGAGAUUGUGUGUACUAUACAGUCGAAGUAAGAGUGCGUCUCAGUUUGAGUUUUAUCCAGAAUGUCUGUUAAUUCAAGAAUGGAGCAGCUCCAAGCGACAGUUGAAGAACUUAAGAGACUUAGUAAUUUGACAGAACGACAGAAAGUGAAGGACAUUUUGCUAGUCGAAGCCAGGAAAAUUGAGACUGAAAUUUCAUUAUUGAGAGAACAGAGCGGAGCAGAAAUAGCAGAAUCAUCUUCAGGUGGUGCCCGAAAUGCACCUGCUCGAUGCUAUGAUGUGCGAUUAACUAAUUAUGCAUGGGACCAGUCAGACAAAUAUGUUAAAAUUUAUGUUACUUUAAAAAAUCUUGAAGCACUCAAUGAAACAAAUAUUGAAUGUGUUUUCACAGAAAGGUCUUUCAGUCUUAAGGUCAAUGGGCUUGAUGGCAAAAAUUAUAUACUGAAUAUAUGCAACUUGCUAGAGAAGAUAAUUGUUGCAAAGUGUUACUGGAAAAAGAAGGGAGAUACUUUGAUUGUUUUCUUGGCCAAAAAGUCUCCAGGGGCAAACUGGUCACAUAUGACUUCAGUAGAGAAGAAAGCAAGUGAGCCGAAGGUUCCAAAACUAAACCAUUCUGAUGACCCAAGUGCUGGGCUGAUGGAUAUGAUGAAACAGAUGUAUCAAGAAGGUGAUGAUGAGAUGAAGAGAACCAUUGCCAAAGCCUGGGCAGAAUCUCGUGACAAACAGUUUCCUCAUUAAGUCGCAAACUCUUAAAUAAGUAUCAGUUUUGUUAAAGCUGUUCUCUGAACAUCAUGUGCAGAACCUAAGGACGGAUAAUACAAAUUUUUGUGCAUUGCAGUGUUGCGCCAGUAGAGAGAUUGGGAUCAGUCAUUAAACAGAGAAUAAAUUGAUACUUCAUGACUAAA